UUUUAGGAUAUGUCCUUGGAGCGCCUCACCAUGGAGAGCGUACGCUGGGCAUUUUCAUACCGUGCCUGGGCCCCUUGCUGUGAGGAAUGGUUGUUAGCCAUGCGCCUUGUGCAGCCUGAAGAGAAAAAGCGCAUUGAACAGUUUGCCUUUGGUCGGGAUGCCAAAGCUGCUGUGGCUGGCCGACUGAUGAUAAGAAAAUUGAUUGCGGAAAAGCUGAAGAUUCCAUGGAACAAAAUACAGUUACAAAGGACUUCAAAAGGCAAACCUGUCCUUGUGAACGCAUUAAGCAGCACCCAGUCCAGCUUCAGCUUCAAUGUUUCUCAUCAAGGAAAUUAUACUGUACUUGCCGCUGAACCUGAUUGUCAGGUUGGCAUUGAUAUCAUGAAGACUACCAUGCCAGGAAGUGGUUCAGUUCCUGAUUUCUUCCACCUUAUGAAACGGCAGUUUACGGAGGAAGAGUGGGGAGUUAUCAAGUCCAUGAAGAAUGAAUGGCUUCAGUUGGAUAUGUUUUAUAGGCACUGGGCAUUAAAGGAGAGCUUCAUAAAAGCCAUUGGCAUUGGAAUAGGAUUUGACCUUCAAAGGAUUGAGUUUAAUGUGUCCCCUGUGGAGCUGGAAGUUGGGAAAACAUACAAUGAAACUAUUAUACUCUUGGAUGGUGAAGAAGAAAAGGAGUGGACAUUUGAGGAGACCCGGUUAGAUGAUUGCCACCAUAUUGCAGUUGCUCUUGGAAAAUCAGGAGAGUUUGGGAAGAACCAUUCUGGGGUGAUUCCCACCAAUAAGACUGCAUUUACAAGUUUGACUUUCAAUGAUUUAGUCGCCUCUGCUAUUCCUCUUACACCCGAAGACCCUGCCUGCUGGGAAAGCUUUUGUUCUAGACAGGAAAUGCCAGCCCAACAGAGUUGUAAUCCAAGAUGAGAGAGGCUGGAUUUACUGGAAAAGAAACUGAAAGCCUUGAGAGGCUGCAAACUGUUAUUUUACCAACAGCUAAUUGGUAUGGAAAUACAUGGGGGGAGGAGGACAGUAUUUGGGGGAAAAAACUUUUUAAAAAUUGUUUUGCUUGCUGUGUAUACACUUGUAAAUAUUUCCCCUAUCCCAUGGCCCUCAGAUUUGAUUUAACUGUUUUUUGGCUCAGUUUGUGUAAGUGGCUGUUCUUCUUUCUCUGCAAUGAAAGAAUUGGUAUAUUCCUAUUGACUCCUAGGCAUGUAUCAAGGCAUGUAUUAGUUUUCUCUGUGGAAUGACCUGUGUAAGUGCAGGAGAUGUACAGGGUAAGAGUACAUGUCCACUUCUUCACCAAAGAAAUAUGCUGAUAAAGUAUUAUGAGAUGAACUUCUGUUUCCCCAACAAUUACCUUGCUGUUCCUAUUUUAAAUCAUACAGUAUAUAUUCAAAUGUACCACCCAACCAAUGUAUAUGAGUGGAAAAAGAAAAGUGCAAGGUCAUGUUAACUACUUUCAUCCCAAAAUAAGUGGUCUGUGGCAGCCCUGUCGUGCCAGAGAAGGGCUAACGAUGGUGUCCUGUAAUAUUAAGGGAAACACCCAGACCUUAUGCAAGCCUGUCUAUAUAAAUUACAAAGUUGCCAAGAUUGCCGUAUCUAAUAAAUGUAAAUGUGAGAAAGAAAAAGAAACAGCUGCUUUUGAGCUCUGUAUUUCCAGGCAAUGACCAGAAGUAAUGAAAAGAAACUUCUGUAUAACAGAUGUGGUUUAAUCUCCUAGCUCUAACAGCAGAUGGUUGUCUGAGUUUUAUACCCUCUGCUUCCUGAACUAUUUGUUUUUAAAAAACCGAAUGUGCAUGUGUAUGUGAAAUCUGUGGUCUAAAUCUAGGAAAUGAUCCUGUUCCCUGCAUUGCAGUGGAGUCUUAGAAAUGUCCACUGCUAGCAAGACCAUGCCAAGAUUGAGUGGAGGUUUAUCCAGGAAGAGAAUCUUGAGUUGCUUGCAAGAGCAGUCUAAGUACAGGGAGUGUCCAGACCUGGGUCCCAAGUUCAGUCUCCAAAAAAGAAUUAAGGGACAAGAGAUGAGAAAAAUCUGUUACUGAGAAUUUGAAAAGCUAUUGCCAGAGUAGGCAUUAUGGGAGUAGAUCCUGUAUCCCCAGCAUGGCACCUCUGGACACCAAUGUAUCCUAUGUUACCUCUUUUGGUGCUUGUCAGGCUCAAUACCCCACCUUUUAUUUAUUUAUUUUGGUAAGAGUCUUCUAGUUAAAAGUAGGUGCUGCACAGUACCAUCCUCAACCAUAAUUUCUAUUUUCAAAAGUUUCCCUUGGCCUUACAUAGAGCCAGAGGCAUUUACCCAGUAAAACCUAAACAUGGGGAGCAGCCUCACCAGUUUGCCUUCUGUUAAAUGGAUGCUUUGUUAUUUAUUUAUAUUUCAAAUUUCUGUCACUUCCUAUCUCCCCCAGAGGGGGACACUUUGUUCCACUCACUAUGGCAUCCUUUUUGAAAGGCCCCAUAAUAUUUUCUCAAAAUUCUAAAUGUACUCACAGGCCCCAAAAGGUUGUGGGUCCCUGGACUAGAUGGACCAAUAGAAGACAGCAAGCAAGCUUGAGUGUUCUUCAGUACCAUGGAGAGAUCUUGGAGAGUAGAUGAACUUUCUCUGACAUUCUCAGGCCCUAGUGAGCAACAUAUUAGGAGUCAAGCUUUUCUAGCAUCAGGUGCCAUCACCUUCAAAAGCCUGAAUCUUACAAGUUGCCAAAAUGUUUAUCCAAAAUUGAGGAGGAGGAAUUGGGUGCCAAAAAAGGGUAACCCACCAGGAGUGGGGUGCUUACAGGAUAUCACAUUUAUCCUGACCCACUGUAUCUUUCAUCAGGUUUUGCCUUCUCCUUUUUAGUUAGUAACAGAGGAUACUGGGGUAGUGUUCUAGUUUACUGUUUAGCUUCCUUAGAGUUUCAGUGGUACCAGAAAACUGUAAGUGUGUUUCCAUACUGGUUUUAUCUAUAAUAAUCAGAUUGUGAUGGGACUUACUGGUCAGCAAUAAAUCAAUUUUUUUCAUACAUAGAUCCAAGGAUCACUCAUACCGUUUUAGACAUGCAAGUCACUUCAGCCAUCCAACCCAAUCCCCUGCUUAGUGCAGGAAUUCAAAUUAACACAUCCCUCAGAGCUCUCUCUCUAGCCUCUGCUUGGACACCUCUAUCAAAGGGGAGCCCACCACUUCUUGGAGUCAUUGAUUCCACUGCUCUUAAUGUAGGAGGCUUCUCCUUACAUUUAAUCAGAAACUUCCUUCUUGUAAUUUAAAUCCAUUAUUCUGUAACCUGGCCCGUGGGGUGAAAGAGAACAGAUCUUGACCUUUUGUGUGCCAACUACUUGAGCACCUGAAAAUGCUAUAUCUUUUCUCCUCAGUAUUCCCAGUUCUGUCAUGCUCUCAGAUCAAAUGUUCACAGGACAUCUGAUCCAACCCGCAUGCGUGAAUGAGUCAACCCGGAUUGAGACUUGUGAGUCAGUAGAAAUGGGGGGGGGGGACAAGCUAGGAGUGUGAAAACAUCUUGUUUGGACUAUCUCUGGCAUCCAAGGUCAACCGGCAGAGACAUCUGCACAAAACUGAACAGACUGGCACAAAAAGGCAGACUGCAUACCCAAGAAGGGGGAAGAGGUGAAAUUCAUUGGACUGUUUAGCUUGGGGAAAGCGUUUGACCUUCUAUUUGCAACUUUUCCUCUGUACUGCACAUUUCAAUAUCAUUAAAGAGAUUACUACUUAGCAUCUAUGAAUCAAAUUUAAUGGUAAAUUGAGUGGCAGUCGUUACCAAGUUCCUUCAGUCUCUCUUCAUGUGACUUAGUUCCUAGUCCCCUAAUCAUUCUCACUGCCUUUCUCUGAGUCUGGUCCUUUACGUCUGGGCCCUUCUGUGGUACCCAAAAUAGCACACAAUACUCAGGAUGGAGUCUGACCAAAGCAGAAUAGAAUGGCACAGUCGCUUCCCAUAAUUUGGAAACUACUUCUGCAGCCUAAAAUUAUAUUCUGAGCCUUAAAUUUCCUAAUGCUUUUUCUACAGUUCUGGCCGUAUACAUUUCUCCUUGAUGUGCAUUAACAUCUUAGGCAGGCGGCAGGAAACAAUCAGGCUUCUGUUUGAGAGGUUGAAAAUCUUUCAGUCAGAAAGAGAAUGUCGAACUACAUGGGCUGGUGCUCUGAUGUGGAAUUAAAUCCUUUUUUCUGCAGUGUACCAUUCUCAAUAAUGUGUCUGGAUUUUGGAUGCAGAUCUUAACUAUACAUUUCAACAGAAUUUUCUUUGGCAGGAAACCACCUCUUUUACUAGAUUUUUCCGAUUAGCUGGCACGGUUGCAUUGGUUCUUAAGGCAUUCAUGUUUUCGUACUGCACAUAUCAAUUAUUAAAAGCACAAGUCCCUAAAGCUAUUCGUCUUUAUAAAUGUAUGAUUCAGUGUCUCUAAAUUUUAAACUCAAGGCAUAACCAUAAAAUAGCCCCCAUGAAAUGCCAUAGUUUACAAUUCAGCCCCGGCUCAGUUUUUCUGAAAAUUACCUUUCAGUAUAUGUUGCUCAUUGUCAGUACUGUUAAUCAUGCACUCUAGAUUGCUCAGUGUAAAUGUGUAAAAAUGUUAAAACUGUCGUUGAAAGCAUUCUGAACAUUUGGAAUAAACAUACAUUUUUAAAAAA